AUGGCGAUUCCGGAGGAGCUGCGCCGCUACUGGCUGCCGAUCCUCCUCGCCGCCGCCGGCUUCCUCUUCCAGCUCCUCGUCCUGCCCAAAUCCUUUCCGCCCUCCCACUACGACGCGCUCGGAAUCCAGAGGUUUGCGCCGGUGGAGAAGGUGGUCGAGGCAUACGAGCUGCUCUCCAAGGAGUGGCUUGCUGAAACAAAUGACCGGUCAACUGUUGAUAUUAUAAAGAUCCGUUAUGCGUAUGAGCUGUUGACAAAUCCAGUUUGGAAGCGGGACUAUGAUCUUUUUGGUCUGGAUCAUCAUACGGAUAUCUUCGAGAGAGUCAAAGAACAAUAUCAAAAAGAGCACUUCCUGAAAAUAGAUCUACCUUUGUUAAAAGAUUCUUUAUCUCAUUCGACUGGUCAUGCCUUCAAUGUACUCACACGUGACUCAUUGAUGUCUGCCAUUGCUGAAGAUUACCCGUUGCUCAUACAGGUUUAUUCAAAGGGGAGUCCUCGCUGCGCUCAAUUUUUUGAGUACUGGAAGCAAAUUGACACUCGACUGGACGGCGUGGCCAACACUGCUAUGGUAGAACUUGGUGAUGUGCCACUGGCGGGGUAUUUUGCAGAAAAAAGGUUCUCUCAACAGCCAUUUUUCCGCAAUGGUAUACCAGCUCUUGUUGCAUAUCCUGCUAACUGCAGAAAUCCAUCCUGUUAUAUGAGGUACCCAGGUGAGCUAACUGUGGAUUCUGUUGUCAACUGGGUAGCAUCAUCAAUUGUUGGUUUACCUCGGAUCUUGUACUAUUCAAAGGAGACACUGGGACCCCAGUUCAUUGGGAAGAGUAGCCAUCAUAAGGUCAAGGCUAUCUUUUUCUCAAGCACUGGGGAGCGUGCGGCUCCAUUCCUUCGCCAAGCUGCCCAAGAGUAUUCCAGCUAUGCAUCCUUUGCAUUUGUCCUAUGGAAAGAAGAGGAAUCCCAGAUCUGGUGGAAUUCAUUAGGAGUGGAAUCUGCUCCUGCACUUGUUUUCUUGAAGGGACCAGGUGCCAAACCUGUUGUAUACCAUGGAACUUUUAGCAAGUCCGAGUUCACAGAGAUAAUGGAGGAGCAUAAGCACCAAGAACUCCAGCAGCUAAGAAGUGACACAUCUUUGGAUCUUGGUUGUGAUGCUAGAGGUCAUUCACGCGCUGGGAAAGAAAUGAUGAUAUGGUAUUGUGUAAUAGCUGCAGGUCGCCCUGGUGUAGAAUUAAGUAAAAAGAGACAAAUUUUGAGGAAGGCCCAGGACCAACUACUCAGUGCUGCUGGUGGAAGUACUGCUGGGAAUUUGGAAAAUUUAGUAGAGGUAACAAGUGCUGCAACUGCCUUAAAAGAUGACAGGCUGACCUUUGUUUGGUUGGAUGGAGAAUUGCAGAAGAAAAUUUGUGCCUUCUACCUUGCCACUGAUUACAAUGGAGCCUGUGGUCCUAGAGGCUUUGAAGAUGACAAUGAUAAGCCUGAAGUAUUCAUUGUCCGUUUCCAAAGAAAUGCAACAUACGAGGCGUUGAAAGCCGACAAAAAGAAUAAUCUUAUAGAGACUCUCCAGGGACAGGACACUCCUGAUGCCUCCCAGCUAGUGGCUAGGUAUAAUGGCCCAGAUGAAAUUCUGGAGAUAAACAAGUGGGUCUCUCAGAUUAUCAAAGAUGGAGAUACUAGAGAAAUUCCUUACUUUACUUCAAAGGUACCAGAUCUUGUACCUGAAGAAACAAAUAAGGAAUGGUUAAGCGGUACCAAAGGUAUCCGCUCGGCAGGGAAAAGUUUAAAAGAGAGGGUUCAGAACAGUGGCUUCAGUUUCAGAGAUUACUUAACUGACCCAAGGAUUGGUCCAGCUUUGCUGAUGCUUGCAUGCAUUUCAUGGGGAACAAUAUGGUUCAAGAAUAUCCAAUCAGCUCAGAAGACUCCAAAGGACGAAGCUCCUAAAGACAAGACCGACAAACGUCGCCGUCCAAAGCUUAGCACGACACUCUUUGGUCAACCUGAAUCCAGCGCGGAUCCUGAACCCAGAGAUGCUCGUCAGUGGGAGAUAGAGGACUCAGAUUCAGACUGA